AUGGUUGAACUUCUUUUGCAACCUGGAGAUAAGUGCAUAGAUGCAAAGGUUCAACUCUACAAAACAAUGCGUUACAUUCUGCGAACCCUUUUCGAAAAGAAUAGUAUUGAUACUGUAAAUGAGGCUGAAGAAUGGUUACUUGAUGGUCUCGUCCAGCCACCACCAAUUCUUUCAUCCGAUGAAAUCAUCAAUAUUGUUGAUAGAAUGGGCGAGGAAAUCGCUCGUCACCUGGAAAGUAAUAUUGCAGAUUUCCCGACGCACCGAAAAGCUGCGAUCGUGAUGUUAACAAGUGACCUACUUCAUGAAGAUCUGAAAGGAAACAAGAAAGUGUGCAAUCACAUUUCGAAAAGCGGUGUGCCUCGAAUUUUAUGUCAAGAGCUUCUUGGAGUCUCUUUCGAUUGGAACAUUGUGACAGAUGCGAAAAAGGAAGGAAGGAUCGCAGGAGUCAGUCAAGCAGAACACGUGUCCAACUAUAAACUAUUCAUCUCGAUUCUGACUUGUCUCACUCGAUACGGAACCUCCGAGUCUGGAUGGAUAGUGCUCUCCGAGCUCGCAGUCCUCGAGAUUCUAGCUGAAAUGCCAGCAUUCAUCGAACCACCCAAAGAGCUCUUCUUGAAACCGGAUACAGUGAAAACGAAAGGAACUGCUGCUCAUUCCUAUGCCAAUGCAUUGGAUUUGGCGCUCCACUUCUGCGAGCAAAUGUGCACCAAGACAAAAUGGAAGAAACAAUCUCUGAAAGUUCUUGCUUUCAUUCAACGAAUCGGAGAAGUUUUCCAACAACUGAUGCGUGCCGAACUCGAUUGCGAAUGUCUUGAGACUGCAAAAGCUAUUGUAUAUGAGAUUUCGCUCAACGAUGAAGCUCUUAUCGGAAUCAUCGAUGGCGAUCAAGUACUCCGUCAAUUGAAGCAAGGCGAAGAAUCUAAAACAGUGAAAUCUAAUGCCCGACGCAAGUACGUCAACGUGAACACAACGUUCGCCGCCCCUCGUCAACUCUAUUCCACACUUCAACCGGUCUAA